AUGGAAGCAAUUAAACAAUACAGAACCAUUUGUCCUUUUCUUCGCAAUACCAACAUUAAAACUCUUCGUCAUUUCGCUAGAAAGUCAAACGAGGCUGGAAACAAUGGUUUGCUUACUUUGGCUCAAACUUGUCCUGUUAUGAGUAAAGCUUUAGCUGUUCAAAGCAAAAAUUGUUUGCAUACUUCAGUCAAAUUGAAUCAACGACCUACUUCUUCUUUGAAGCAAGUUUCCAUCGUUUCUACUACCAAUCCCAUUAUUAACAAUAUUAAGAACCCCUCUCACCAUCACAAUUAUCCAAAACAUCAUCCUCAACAACAAGUUCCUUGUAAACAUGCCGAAAGUUCUAAACAACAGCAGCAGCACAUGAUGCCAACUACUCAUCAUACUAAAGCUAAAUUAUUUGAUUAUGAGGCACUUUAUUCUGAUGAGUUGAAUAAAAAACACCAAGAUAAAUCUUAUAGAUAUUUUAAUAAUAUUAAUCGUCUUGCUAAACAUUUUCCAAAAGCUCACACUGCCAACACGAAUGAAAAGGUUACUGUUUGGUGUAGUAAUGAUUAUCUUGGAAUGGGCAGAAACCCUGUAGUUCUUGAAUCUAUGCAGUAA